AUGACUGAUGCUGCUGAACAAAGUGAAAACCGCGUAGUUUCGGUCGAGAUUCCCACAACUGCCGAAGCACUUCUAACAGCCGCUAAUGACCUAGUCAUUGGAAGAGCAGCUGAGAAAAUGUUCGAGCAUAGCUCAUAUGACUUCAUGGUACCUGAGGGUUCUAAUCCAGCUUCCACAGUUCUGGCAGUGAUCUCCUACCUGGGACGGAAAAAUCAACCUAUGCCAAUUUUCAAGAUUUCUUUUGACAGAAUGAGAUGGUUCGAAAUUGGCGAUGUUAUAAAAAAAGAGCUGGAUAACUACGUCGAAUAUCAGGUGACAAUUAACCAACGAGCGGAAGUUUACGUGCAGUACAGUUUAACUAAACACGGUUCAUACAAGUUCUCUAUUGAGGUGAGUUAAUA